ACAACAUCGAAAUUAUCCGCCACGUCAGAACUCUCCAAUGACGUGUCACUCCAAAUCAUAGAACGUUAUAAUUUCCUCAUGUAAAUGCAACAUUACUCUCUCUACUAAAGCAUAAGGGAAAAAAAGGCUUUUUAGUCGUUUAACGAUGGCGUCAAGUGAUAAGGUUCCGGUGGCGUGUCCGGCAAGUUGCGGAGAAGGUAAGGAGCCAAUGGGAGAUCCGACGAAGACGACUACGGCGAUACUAGACAAAGGAACGGCUAUGAUGCAGUCUAUGAAACAGAUCAGGCAAAUGAGCCUCCACGUGUGUUCAUUCGCUUGCUAUAGCCACGAUCCUGGCCGUCAAAUUGAAGUUCAUAUCUACGGCCACCGUGUAAACCAGGACUUCCUCCAAUGUGCUGUCUACGAUUCCAAUUCCUCUAAGGCUCAUCUCAUCGGGAUCGAAUAUAUAGUGUCAGAGAAGUUAUUCGAAACUCUCUCUCCAGAGGAACAAAAGCUUUGGCAUUCGCAUGACUAUGAGAUCCAAAUGGCUCUCCUAGUAACUCCAAGGGUCCCGGAGCUCGUUGCGAAGCCGGAGCUUAAAAAUCUUGCCAAAUCCUAUGGAAAAUUUUGGUGUACAUGGCAGAUAGAUCGCGGAGAUAGGUUACCACUAGGUGUACCGUCGUUGAUGGUGUCGCCACAAGACGUGAAUCUCGGGAGGAUAAAACCGGAGCUGGUGAAAAAGAGAGAUGAAGAACAAGGAAUCUCAACGGAAGCGUUGAAGCCGUCACGAGAGGGAAUAUGCGGACCGGAGAAAAAGAAUCUGAUUGCUGAUAAUUGGGUUCGGUUUAGGAAAGGCUUUGCGCUUGAUGUCGUGGAGACAGAUAUGAAGAGAACUGCUCCCUUCCCGUGAUUCUUUUUUCUUUUGUUAUCUCUUGUUCUUGACGAAUCUCUAGAGAUUAUAAAAGUAUGUAUGCUUAUAGUAAGUGGUUGAUAAUGUCAUAAGAAUCUGAUCCAAGUUCUUUUAGAGGCAUAUAUUCAUUGUUCUUUAUAGGUCGUG